UAAUGUUAAAUCCACUGUAUGGAGCCGACCGCGUCCAUCCAUUCUCUAGUGGCUCCGCCAGCUUUCUACCUUGAGACCGCUAAAGAGCUCCAUCAGGCGGAGAUGUGCUGCGGAAUCUCCGCCCGGUGUAUUCACGGGCUGGGGGGCACCAUGGCUUGAGGAUUUGGGGGAAGACUCUACCGUACGCUUACAAGUCACAUGGAUAAUCCCUCUCAAAACCAAACCCACCGUAUCAUCCCGUGAUUUGGGUGAUUAGAGCGCCGCUGUCGGCUUGAUGUGGCAGCAGAGCCAAGCGGGAGGUGGGCACCUCGUCCUGGCUGUUGACUGAGAGGAGAACGGCGUGGAGGAGCAGGUGCGUUCAGGAAACAGAUGAUGUUUUACUGCGCUCCAAGACUGGACGUAUUUCGCUCAUUCCACAUCUUUCUGGAUGCAGAGACAUUUAGGUUGUAUAAUCAGAUCAUUUUGGGUGUUUGUGUGGCUGAUGGGCUUCAGCAGGAUGGAAAUAGAUACCUGUUUUCGCUACUACUUCCAGCACCCGUGGUCACGUCUCCUCGUGGCCUACCUCGUCACCUUCUUCAACUUCCUCAUCUUUGCCGAGGACCCCAUCUCCCACAGUCAGACGGAAGCCCACAUGAUCGUGGUGGGCAACUGCUUCUCCUUCCUGUUCAACAAGUACCCGGGCCUCGGCUGGAACAUCCUGAAAGUGAUCUGCUGGAUACUGGCCAUUAUCAGUGGCCUGGUAGCGGGGAAGUUUAUAUUCCACCGCCAGCUCUUUGGUCGAUACCUGCGCCUGAAAAUGUUCCGCGAGGACCAUGGCUCCUGGAUGACCAUGUUCUUCAGCACCAUCCUCUUCCUCUUCAUCUUCUCACACAUCUACAAUCUAUUCCUGCUGAUGGCUGGAAGCAUGGAGCCUCACAUGGUGACAGAAUACAUGGGAAUCAGGAAUGAGAGUUUUAUGAAGAUUGCUGCAGUGGGGACAUGGAUGGGGGAUUUUGUGACAGCUUGGAUGGUGACAGAUAUGAUGCUUCAGGAUCAACACUACCCAGACUGGGGCAAAACUGCAAGAAGGUUCUGGAAGCGAGGCAAUAAUCGGAUCGUCCUCUUCUGGACUGUGCUCAUCUCUCUGACCUCGGUGGUGGUUCUGGUCAUCAGCACCGACUGGAUCAGCUGGGACAACCUGAACCGCGGCUUCCUGCCCAGCGAUGAGGUCUCCAGAGCCUUCCUAGCCUCCUUCAUCUUGGUCUUCGACCUUCUCAUUGUCAUGCAGGACUGGGAGUUCCCUCACUUCAUGGGUGACCUGGAUAUGAAUUUGCCUGGAAUGUCAACAACACAUGUGAAGGUCAAGCUUCCUGUCUGCAAGCGUAUCUUUAAGGAGGAGUACCACAUUCACAUCACAGGUAAGUGGUUCAACUAUGGUAUUAUCUUCCUUGUGCUUAUAUUGGACCUGAACAUGUGGAAGAACCAGAUCUUUUACAAGCCCUAUGAGUACGGUCAGUACGUCGGGCCCGGCGAGAAGAUCUACACGGUGGAGGAGCCAGAAACGCUCAUAAACUUCAACUACAGUACACUCACCUAUGAGUGGCGCUCCACAAAUAUCAACCCCAGCACCAACGAAACAUAUGUGGACCGGGACAUGUUCCUCCACAGCCGCUACGUCGGCGCCAGCCUGGACAUUAAGUGCCUGGCCUUCAUCCCAAGCCUGGCAGCUUUUGUGCUCUUCGGCUUCUUCAUCUGGCUGUUCGGGCGCUUUCAGGACAGCGAGACAUUCACAGAAAACCAGGACAAGACAUAUGAGAGGAUAAAGAGAAAAUCGCCUUCAGAGUACAGCAAGGAGAUGGGAGUGACCCCGGAGGAUACGCACGUAACUAUGAGCGACAGCCUGAAAAAUUCGGGAACGCCAAUGCUCUUAUCAGUGGACGGGCCGCACUUCGGAGCAACACAUUCUACGAACUCGACCAUAUCAAUGGACACCCAGGAGACGCAUCCAAGCAUUGUGAUAGACAGCAUGGAGCAAGAUGAGCCUGUUGUCUCGCAGACUCUCACCGUGAACAAAUGAACUUAAGAAACUGCAUAACAGCGGAAAGAACUCUCCAAGACUUCAGAUUGUUACAGUGGGGUUACAGAGGUUUUCUUACCUGCUAAACUUUUCACACACUGCUUACAACAACAAAGUGUAUGUCUUUAUUGGGAUUUUAUGUGACAGACCAACACAAAGUAGUGUGCUAUUGUACAGCAGAAGGAGAAUGAUAUAGGGUUUGAAAAAUAUUUCACUAAUAUUUAUUUGAAGUGUUGCAUGCACAUGAGCUGCAUGAUAUGUUGCCAUGGCCAUGGCAAUUAUAAUGAAAACGAUUGCGAUAAUGAUAUCAGUUGUGAUUUAUGCCUGUUUUCUUCUUUCCUCUCUUUUCCGUCUGUGCUUCCAUCACUCUGUGACCUUUAGCAUUUUGGACAAUGUCAUUUAUGUCCAGUGUGAGCAUCUGCUGCAGUGAGACUCUGUCCAACUGGCUAAAUAUUACAUUGGCAUGUAAAUUGCAAGCUCAUAACACUUAUCACUAACAAUUAUUGCACUCCAAACCUUUGUUUGCGAUACAUGAAUAUUAUACACACUGAUAUAUUUGUGCUAUAUUGUGCAGCCUAAGCAUGCAUAUGGAUUUAGCCCCACUUUUUAUAUUCUUUCGGCUUUUCAAAAUAGCUCGCACUUAAUCAGAUAGAAUGUAAGGCAGCUGUGAACAUCAAUUUUCACGUCUUGCUACAGAUUCUCUAUUGGAUUUAAGUUUGGACAUUGACUAGGCCAUUAUGACACAUACAUUUGCUUUAAUCUAAACCAUUUUAUUACAGCUCUGGUUGUAUGUUUUGGGUUGUUGUUCUGCUGGACGGUGAACUUCUUUGCUAUUCUGAAAACUUUGCAGCCUCUAACAGAUUUUCUGCCAGGGUUGUCCUGUAUUUAGGUGCAUUUAUCUUCACAUCAACUCUGACCAGUUUCACUGUCCCUUCUGAUGAAAAACAUCUCCGCAGCAUGAUUCUGCCACUCCAUUCUUAACCAUGGGAGUUGUGUGUUUAAAGUUAUGUGCAGAGUUAUUUUCUACCACUUAUGACUUUCUUUCAACAGUGAAUUUUCUCUUGCUGCUCUCAUGAGUUCCAAAGUCAUGUCAUCAGACUCUCACCUGAGCUUUCUACCUCUGCAUCUCCAUCUCUUCCUGGGCUGCUUGUCUGAUUGAUGUUCUUCUUACCAGUCCUGUCAGUUUAGGUGGAUGGACAUGUCUUGGUAGUUUGUGGCAUAAUCUUGAUCUUCAUGAUGAUAGUUGUUCACUAAUGAUCUCUAACAGAUUUUAUUUAGUGGUAUCAGAAUAACAGGGUUGGGUAUAAAUGAAAGCCAGGCUAGUUUUUCCCUUCAAAGUUAUACUUUACAUUGUUUGGUCUCCACAUAAAAUCCAAUUAAAACACAUAUAUUUUUCUAAAAUAUACACUAAAAAAAACUCCAUAUUGGCACCAGUUCUGAAACAACUAGUCUAAUAUGAAGCAGAUCUUUUUAAAACAGACGACAAACUUUUAAUUGACACGGUGCUCGCUUGGAUUUUCAUAAUUUCCUUUAGUCAUGGUUAAACUAAUGGGUGCCUAUAUUUAAGGAGUCUUUCUGCUUCUGUAAUUCAGAGUCAGAGUAAUGUUACAGCUACAUCGUGCCUUGAUAUUUCAUACGUUUAUAUACUAACAGCCUACUGCUAUGGAAGAUGUCCUAAUUAUGGUCUGCUUGACUAAUCCCUGCUGUAUAUCCUCAUAUCAAACCAACAAUUGUUACCUCAUUUGAUCCUAUGCUUCUGCCAUUUUCAUUUAUUCUCUUAUGUUUCUUUUAAUCUAUUUUAAAUGUAUAUCUCUUGUUGGAAUGACACAAUUAUCAGCAUCAAUCUAAGUUGAUGACCUUUUCAUAUCCCCUUACUUGAUAUUAGGCUAGGAGAUAAUAAAUGCAAUCAGCAGAGAUGAAAUAGCAAAGCAACAAGCCGCUCGAUGAUUGCAAAUGUGGCUCCUGCUCUUUUCUCUGAAUACCAACCAAGUUGGGAGGUUGGGUUUGCCCUUGGCAUAAACAUGCCACUGAAGUGGAGGGGUACCUUUUUUUUUUCUUUCUUUAAAGCUCGGGGCUUCUUUAUGUGUAAAUAAUCUUUGAAGGUUUUGGAAGCAGUUGUUGAAGGUUUAUUUUUGAAUAUUGUUCAGCCUGCACAUCAUUCUGCUGCUCCAAACUCAUUUUAUAGCUCUAAACGUCGCUCUAAAUGUGUCUUUUUCUGAAUUUUCUCGUUCUGUUUUUUUUUUUUUUUGUAAUCUAUAUCUGGGAAUUGAUCAAACAAAUGUGCCCUUAGAUAUUUUUCUUUAAAGUGCAAACAAGAAUUAAAAUAUUAAUGAGUUACAGAUUUUUUUUCAUGUAUGUUAAACAUUUCAGGAAGAACUUUUAAUACUUCGUGACCAAAGAUCCCAGAUAACCCAGUAUUUUAAACCUACAAGGGAUGUGGCAGAAUACCUAGUAUUUAUGUUUACUCUGACUAGUAUGAUGCAGUGACACACCACAGUGACCCAUGGCAGGAUUCUCUCAGAAGAAAAAACAAAUAAAGCCAACUUGAAUAUUUCUAACACUUAAUGGCAUCCCUGGUAAAAGAAAAAUAUGUUUAAACCAACAAAUAAAACCUAAUAAAAAUUACAGUAGCAUAAUUUCUCACUCCAAUUCUUUAGGAAAUCUACAUUUCAUUUGAGCACAUUUAUCUAGUGGAUGAAAACCUGUGUUAAGAAAUAUAUUUUCUUAAAGUCACAAAAAAACAGGCCCACACCAUCACAGAUUCUUCACGGUACUUAACAGCAGGACAUGAAGUGUUUUUGCACAUAUUCAUCCUUUGUUUCAUGGCAAAGCUAUAUGAAGAGUUUUCUAGCUAGUUCAUUUUCUUUACCCCAUUCACCUUAGGUCAGAUUUGUUCCACCAUCACAGUCCUGUGCAUUUAACACUGUCGCACAUAUAAUUUCAUCAACACAUAAGUCGGGCUGCCACAGAGGUUUUUGGGUAAGUUAAAAAAUUGAAGCUAUUUUCUGAUUGAUUUAGCUAAUAACUAUCUGCACACUUGUCAGUGCUCAGAGCAUUGCAAUUUAACAUAGUCAGUUGAUCAUUAGGGAUCCCCCCCCCCAAAAAAAACCCAAAACAACUAAUUAAAACCACAGCAAAAUUAAUUGGCGAAACCGAUGCGGGAGGAUACCAAACUCAACUUUGAUCCCAAUAAAGGUUGGAUGCAGUAGUACAGUAGUACAUCAAAAGAGAAGCACGUACUUUAGAGAUAUGAUGGCAAGUUGUGAAGCAGGUAUUUAUGUAGUAAACAAACAUAAAUGGCAAUACAGAAAAUAGUGUGGCAGCAGCUUAACAGCCAGUUGGCAAGUAGAUAAUCUCUAAAGGUUGUGAUAGAGCCUUGGUGACACCAUGAGGCCCUGUUCACCUUAGUUCUCCAACUUUGAACUUUAAAGAUUUUUUUCACCUCCCACCAUGCCUGCUUGCUGGGCCUGAUGUCAGGAUACAUUUGACUCCUUAUCCAGCCAAGUGUCCUACGGCUAAAAGAUAUGGACCCCGUUAUCGCAUCCAUUUAUAACCUGUAGAAUCAGAAAGUUGAGAUUUACUAAUUAAAAGUUCAUUAAAACUAAUCAACCUACAAAAAAAGUAAAGUGUAGGAAAUAACUUUAGUUACAUUAAUUUUAAAAGUAAACCAAUACCUAUACCAUCUGUGAUUUAUAAAAAAAAAAAACAAUAAAUUCUGGUUAUCUGAUUUUGUUAUUUUUUUUAUUUAUCCUACUGAAAUAAUGUGCUCACAGGCUGGAUUUUUCUAAACGUCUAGGUGCUACUGCAGUAAUUUAUUUUAAGGGUUUUUUACACAUCAGGGGUGGCAAAAAAAUGUGGCCAGAAAGUACAUCUUAACAUUUGGCAACUGAACAGACAGCAGUAAUCAUCCAAAAAAAAUAAUAUGUCCUUAGGCACCAAAAGUAGAACUGCAGGGUUAUGUGAUGUUAAUUAUAACUAGUUUUUACAGAUUUGAAUAACCUUAUUACAUUUAUGUAAAGCACACCCAACUAUAUAAAAGGAAAGUUAAUGAUUUUGCAUCCCUGUGUUUUGGGAGGUAAUCAUAGUGUUUAAAUGUAUCAUAAUAAUAUUUGAAUGUAUUCAUUUAGUACAUCUAGUUAGAUAAUAUUUAAUGUUAUACAUGCUUAAUUUCUGUCUGUUUGUAACAAGAUUGUGUUCUAACUGGAAGAUUAUUACACAAAGUACAAUGGCAGUAUAUACUGGCGAGGCACUCCAUACUGGAGUUCAUUAUAGAUGAGAUCCCUUUUUGUGGGAUUUUGUAAUGUUUUUACUUUAUUUGUUGCUUACUUUUUGUUUUGUUUCAAAAAAUGACCCUUCCUUGUUGUUGCUGUGUUUUAUAUCUGUCCAAUCUCAUGCUGCCAAUAAAGCAUUUUUUACAUA